CAUUUAAUAUCUUGUUAAUGUUGUUAAGUGUUUUUUUUUGUGACAAGUUAUGUUUGGUUUUGGGUCUUUAAUCACUUUUUGGCUCAUUCUGGUCAUUUUGUAUGUCAUGGAUAUUUUGUGUCUUCCUUGUGAUUCUGCAUCUCUUUAUGGUCUUUGCAUGGCAACCUUUUGGUCUAUUUGUAUCUUGCUUUCUGUCACAUUUUAUUUUGAGUCUCUGUGGGAUACUUAUUCAGUUUCUGGAGAAAGACCAGAGAGCCUUGGGGCGCUGGACCUGUUCUCAACAGAUCUGUUCACUAAUUUGUCAAUGCUAGUUAGGCCUGUUGUUCAGUGAAACGGGUUCUCCUCAAAACAUCAAGGAAAUUGUAAAGGCACAAAUCAGACAAAAAUUCCUAAACCAAUAAAACAAGAAAUUCAAGCUGACAGAUCCAUUGACAGUUGAGUGUGACCAUGUUGCUGAAGGAGUUUCUGGCUCAUUUUGCUUACCUUUCUUGCUGUACAAAAUACCUGAAGAAAUCCCCAUACAAUGUCAGUUGCGGUGGAAACCACAUCGUCCAGAGUGCCUCUCCCUCUCCCAGCCCACUUCUCCCAUGCAGAGCAGUCCUUCUCCCUUAAAAAGCGUCGGCUCCCGUUUUCGUCAUCAUCUGGAUCCAACUCUCCGUGCUCUUCCCCUGCUCGACUCUCGCAUUCUCUCCCCCCACUGCCACCGUCUAAGGGAUGUCCUCCUCUGAGCAGGAUGUUCCACCACCAUCUAUCCCCUUGGACACCCUUGUCCCAUUCCCUUAGUGAAUCCCCCCCUCCAAAUUCUGUAUAUGAUCCUAGUAAACAUAAGUCCUAUUUCAGUCAGUGCUUUACUAAUUUGGGCCUCCUGGGAAGAGGAUCCUUUGGAGAAGUCUAUAAGGUACAAAGCAAUGAGGAUGGCUGCAUGUAUGCAAUCAAGCGCUCUGCUCAGCGCUUCAGGGGUGACAGUGAGAGGAAACGAAGUGUGAGGGAAGCCCAGAACCAUGAACGCAUUUGUCCUCAUCCCCACAUCCUGAAUUUUGUGGCAGCAUGGGAGGAAGCUGGUAGACUGUACAUUCAGACAGAGCUGUGUAGCACCAGUUUGCUGCUCCAUGCUGAGAACAAGCCUCCUGGUCCAGACGAGCCUGCUGUAUGGUCCUACCUGUGCGACCUCCUCUCUGCACUACAACACUUGCAUUGUCAUGGUUUUGUGCAUUUGGACCUCAAACCUGCCAAUGUUCUCAUCACUAACUCUGGCCGUCUCAAGCUGGCUGACUUUGGGUUGCUGCUGGAACUGAAGCCGACAAAUACAGAGCCCCAUGAGAGGAAAGUCAAGGACGAUGUCCAGGAGGGUGAUCCUAGAUACAUGGCCCCUGAGCUUCUCCGCGGAGAAUAUGGGCCUGCUGCAGAUGUUUUCAGUUUGGGUGUUUCUAUGCUGGAGCUCGCCUGUAAUAUUGAGGUUCCAAAUGGUGGCGAAGGAUGGCAGCAGCUCAGACAGGGUCAUCUUCCUUCAGAGGUGACAAAUGGCCUGUCUGUUGAGCUACAGUCAAUCCUACAGAUGAUGCUGGCCCCAGAACCAUCUGAGAGACCCACUGUCUCUGAGCUUCUUGCCCUUCCCUCUAUUAGAAAACACAGAUGGAAAAGGCGCAUUUAUCUUAUGGCUGCUGAAACCAUAUUGACACUGGCCUCCCUGUGCCAGUUGGUGGUCUGUUCUGGGUGCAGACUCUUGUCCUCCAUUCACCUGCCCUUCCUCCCCCAGUGGAACAAGCCAGUGCCCUGCACACCUCCCAAGGACAGCUGGGAUGGGGAUCUAACACUGCCCCUCAGUAAUGUACAUAGAGACCAAGGGAGUCCAGAGGAUGAUGCCAUUUUUCUGCAUCACUCAGACCCAGAACAUUCACCUUCUUUCUUGCACAGGAUCAAAUCUAGACUCUCUGUGGAAAGCACAUCCACUCCUCUCCCAGGUUCACCAACAGGCACCCAUCAAAGUCCUGCCCAUACCUCCACUUGCUCAGUUCUAGGUGACUGGCCCUCCUGUAACUUGGCUCUGACCCCCUCCAGCAUCCAUUCAAAUGGUUCCUGCCACACCAUCACACCCAGCACGAGUCCUGUACGUACCGAGCGGUAUUCAGGCUCCUCAAAACGAUGUCUUCACAACUGGGUUCAAACAGAAAAGGGUUUAAUCCGACCCAACUUUGAACCAAAAAAUCUGCUCAGUCUGUUUGAAGAAACAACUCUUGAACUGUAGAGGGACAACCAUGAGUGCAAAACUUUCAUUUUACACUCAUGGACAAAGUUUUUCUUCUCUUUGAAGUGUGAGACAAAGAGGACCCAAUGCAUGAUGUUUUAUUUACUUUGCAUGAACAAUUGUCAGUAAUAUUUGUUCUCCAUCUGCUUCUUUAAAUGAGUAUUUGAGAAGGGCAGAUUUAGGGAAAAUGCUUGCACUUUUUAUGUUUGUGUAAAUGCAAUCUGUUGCAGAACUGACAUGGCUUGAUUUAUAUUUGAGUAAGUUAUAAGAAACCUGUCGAACUCUUGAGUAACGUAGCUCGUGAGUUACAAAAGGAGCUAAACAGAAUAAAAAUUUGUGAUACUUAUGUUCAUAAAGCAGCUCAAAACACAAAG